CUCCGCGACAUCACCCUCUCGGUCGGCAAGGGCGAGCUUCACCUCCUCUGCGGCCCGAUCGGGUGCGGCAAGUCGUCGGUGCUGCUGCUUCUGCUUGGCGAGAUGCGCCGCACCGGCGGGCGAAUGUCCCUCUCUGCCGACGAGUCUGGCGUCGGGUACGUGCCUCAGGCGGCGUGGAUCGUCAACGCCUCGUUCCGCGACAACAUCUUGAUGGGCCGGCCACUGGACGAGUCGUGGUACGAGGAGGUGAUCCGCUGCUGCGCGCUGCUGCCCGACCAGCUGCGGAUUGGAGCCGACAGCUUGAUCGGCGAGCGCGGCGUGACGGUGUCGGGCGGGCAGCGGGCGCGCAUCUCUCUCGCUCGCGCCGUGUACGGCCGGCCGCGCGUCCUCCUCCUCGACGACCCGCUCUCUGCAGUGGACGCGCACGUCGCGAGGACGCUCGUCGACGAGUGCCUCUGCGGGGUCGUCCGCUCGAGCGGCGCCGCCGUCCUGCUCGCCACGCACCAGGUGCAGCUCGCAAACGCGCUCGCGGACGUGGUGCACGUGAUGGAGGAGGGCGCCGUCACUGCGAGCGGCCGCCCGGCGGACCUGAGCGAGCGCGGCUUGCUGCCAGCCGAGGGCGGCGGCGAGGGCGGCGGCGAGGCGGAGCCGCAGCGCGCCGUGAGCGGCGCCGCCGCCGGAGAGAGCAGCGGCAGGCCGGACGCCUCCGUGGCGGGGCCCGAGGCGUCGCGAGCCGAGGCCAAGGGCCCGCUCCAGCUCGGCGAGCCGUCCAAGGCGGAGCUCGGGCACGGGUCGCGCCGUGCAGCGGUCCGCUUCUACUGGGAGGCGAUGGGCGGGGCGGCUCGCGUCGUGCCCGUGCUGGGCCUCGUGCUCGGCCUCGCGACGUGCAGGGCGCUCGCAGACUGGUCGUUGGGCGAGUGGAUCCGAAAGGGCAGCGAGGCGAGUGGCGCCGUCCUGUACGGCGCCCUCAUCGGCGCCACUGUCGUGCUCGGCUUGGCUCAGGGCGUCGCGAUCGUCGAUCGGAUCAUCGGCGCUUCGACCAGCAUCCACGCCUCAGUGCUCUCGCGCGUGCUGCGCGCGCCCAAGUCAUGGUUCGACGCGACGCCGCAGGGGCUCGUCCUCGCCAUCUUCUCCAAGGACCAGGACGCCAUCGACGACCUCCUCCCCGCCACGAUGCUCGCGCUGCUCAAGUGCUGCAUAAUCGUGGCGACUGCAUUGGCCCUCGGCGUCGUGGCGGUGCCGGUCAUCCUCGUCGUCCUGCCGAUCGUCGGCCUCCUGUUCCGGUGGCUGACAAACUACUUCCAGGUGACGGCAUCACAGCUCAAGCGGCUCGACAAGGCCUCGUCCGGCCCCGUCAUCUCGCGUUUCGCGGAGACGUACGCCGGCCUCGCGUCGGUGCGGGCGAUGCGGCUGCAGGAGAGGCUUGGCGCGCAGCUCAUCGACCAGCUCGCGAGAAACCACGCCGCCCACUUCCUGUGGACUGCCGCCGGGAGGUGGCUCGCGGUGCGUCUGGACUGGGUCGCCACCGGCAUCGUGGUCUGCGUCGGCGCGGGUGUCGUGCUCGAGGUUCCGCUCAUGACGCCCUCGCCGACGCUGGCGGGCCUCGCCCUCGUCUACAUCCUCCAGAUCACUUCCCUCUUCCAGUGGGGCUUCCGGAUGUGGGCGGAGGUGCAGAAUCAUUUCGUGUCGGUCGAGCGGGCGCUCUCCUACACGCAAGUGCCGCAGGAGGCGCCGGCCGAGCUGGAAGGAGACGCAGAGCUCUCCGCAGCCUCAUGGCCGCAGCGGGGAGCGAUCUCCUUUCGCGCGGUCGAGAUGCGCUACCGGCCCGGCAUGCCGCUCGUCCUCCGAGGCCUCUCGUGCGAGAUCGAGCCGGGGCUCAAGUCGGCGCUGGUGGGGCGCACGGGCGCCGGCAAGUCGUCCAUCUUGAACGCCCUCUUCCGACUCGUCGAGAUUGAGGCUGGCGGCGCCGUGUGCAUCGACGGGGUGGACGUGUCCCGAGUCGGGCUUGACUGCCUUCGCCGCUCCAUGGUUGCGAUACAGCAGGACGCGGUCCUCUUCGCGGGGACACUCCGGUCGAACCUCGACCCGCUCGAGCAGCAGAGCGAUGCCCGCCUCCUUGAGGCGCUGCGCAAGGUCGACUUCGAGCGGGCGCUCGGGGCGAGGAUCGAGCUUGGCAGCAGCGUCUCCGACGGCGGCUCGAACUUGUCGUCAGGCAGCCGGCAGCUGCUCAUGCUCGCUCGUGCGAUGCUGUCCAGCGCACGCAUCCUCGUAAUGGACGAGGCCACCGCGAGCUGCGAUUUCGACACCGAUGCGGCGAUGCAGGCCGUUGUUCGAUCUCACUUUUGCGGCGCCACGAUCCUCACGGUCGCGCACCGGCUCGACACCAUCCUGGACUACGAUCGCGUCUUCGUCAUGUCCAGCGGCGCCCUCGCCGAAUCGGGCUCGCCCGCGGAGCUCAUGGAGCGGCCGGACUCGAGCUUUGCCCAGCUCGUGGCGCAAGCUGGGCGCGGAUCCGUCGCUCGCUUCACCGAGCUGUCGACUCGGAGGAGGCCCCACACUGCUCCGCCGCGCGGCUAG